AUGGAUCUGAAUAAUUGGGUGAUUAAAGAGAUAAGGCCUAGUUUGUACGAAUCUAAUUUCACGCAACAAUUCCCCUUUUCCUUUGCAAUCCUUCUGAUCAAUUUUGGAGAUUACCGACAAAAUACGAACAAACCCAAACAGCCCCUUACUCUCUCAACAGGCGAGGUUAACGUGAACGCUGGCAGUUUUGGUAGCGCUGCAGACGGGACACGUGUGAAGCGUGGACUCGCAGAUGGUACAGAGGCACAUGUGCCUGCACGGCAAGAGCAACACACACGAUUCCUCCCUGCCGCAGCUCCGGCACAUUCGGCCGCCGCCCUCGCCGUGGUUGCUGCCGCAGGAGGAGCUCGCUUCGUCGGCCUGCCAGCGGUCUCUGUCUCGCGCCUGAGCGAUGGCUUGCUCCAGAUUGGAUCUCAGGGUGUUUGCCGCCGCCUCGUUCGCCUGAGCCAGGUCCCGCCAUAUCUGAUUCUCGGCGCACAUGGAUUUGACUCGUUCCUCCAGCGCUUGGUUCAGUUUUCCGAUCUUCUCGAUUUCGUCCUCCUUGGCUCUAAGCCGCUUGGAGAGGCUCUCCACCGCCGCCGCCGCGAUCCUCCUCGCGUGCCUCCCGAGAUAUCCUCACCGAGGAAAUUGAAACCACCGUACGACGAGAGCAGAGUAUUAACCGCCUCCCGCGACCGCUUUCUCGAGGCAGGAACACAGGUCAGACCGCUGUCGGACUUCAUCUCCGCCGGCGCUUUCAUCGGGAGUGCGGUGGCGAUUGACGAGCCGUACAUCGAAACAACACUCUCCAUCCCAGCCGCCGCCGUUGCCGCAACCGUUUUCGAUGCAGAAGCAACCACUCCGUACACCGACGGCGCACCAAACACGUUUCCGUUACCUUCGACG